AUGAAAGUGAUUGUUACAACAGCGUCUAUGGAAAAGAAAACUCCUCAUUUAAUUCGAAAAUGGUCUGGUGCUAUAUGGCUUUUGAUUGAAGUAAAUUUAUUUGGUGGUACAAUAUUUGGAUUUCCAGCUUUAUUUCAAAUUUUACCUCAAUAUAGCAUUUAUGAUAAUAAAAAUGAUUGUUCAUCAUCAUUAAUGAACACAACGGAAAGUGGAGAAUCGUUUUGUGAAAGACAUCAAACACGGCAUUAUCAAGUAUGUCUGUAUGUCACAUUAAUCAUUUUUUUGGUCUAUGCAUU